AUGUCGCCCUUCGCACGCAAAUCCUUCUCCGCGACCCUACCCAACACCAUCGCCGCCCGAUACCGCCGCGCCCUCACAAAACACCCCUUCCUGCUCUUCGGCCUGCCCUUCAUCAGCACCAUUGUCGCAGGCAGCUUCAUGCUCACACCCGCCACCGCGCUUCGGUACGAACGCCACGAUCGCAAGAAUCAGCAGGUGUCGGUGGAGGAAGCGAUGGGUUUGGGGAAGAACAGACGGAGGGUCGAUAUGAAGGAGGAGUAUUAUAGGUUGCAAGCAAAGGAUCUGGAGAAUUGGGAGCAAAGGAGAGUGAAACGGUUGCCGGGAGAGAUUGACGGAAUCCUGGAGUAAUCGAAGAGGCGGUAAUAUGCAUUUUAUAUAAGGCGUUCAGUGGGAUUGAUUUGAUGAGCAUUUCAGCAUGGUCAGGCAUGGUUACGGCAGAUUGGAUGCGGUUGGAGAUGUCUUCAAAAAGGAUUUAAGCAACGACGAAGAAGCGUAUGAUUAGUGGAGCUUUUUAGUGUCGUAUUCGUUUCAGUGAGUCUAGCAAGAAGCGAGAUGGACUUUGGACGAACGCAUAUGAAGAAUUUUGAACAAGCGCUCGAAGCGAACGCAUUUACCAUUAAGUAUCACAGAUAACCCAGAAACCGGUCCCACGAUUGCCUCCAGUAGUCCGUGGGCCAUCCAAAGUUCCCC